CCCUUCGCUGGCCGUUCUGGAGAAAGGAAGGCGGGACAAGAAGUUAAUCCACGGGGACCGCCGGUCCUGAAAAGGAUGUGCCUGCUCUCCUGGAUUUCUGCCUGGCCUUCUGAAGCGGGCUUGCUGAGGCGACUGCGGAGGUGGGAACGCACAGCUAACACCAUCGCUUUAUAAUCAGAGUAUCAUCGAUGGAGAAAGAAGCCACAUUUUCUAGUACAAGCCUUAUACACGUUCCAUUUGGACAUGUUGUUGGAUGUGAGAAAUGGCGAGGGUCUCAGUUAGCCCAAGGAAUGCAAGGAAAGAUUAAGCUCGUCUUUGAGGAAGACCUGACAUUAGUAGAUUUUCAUCUUUCUAAUAGAUUCUGUAUUCUUUACAUUACUGAAGCAGACCUGGUGGCAGGAAAUGGGUAUAAGAAAAGAAUUGUUCGACUUAGAAAUGCCAGUAAUCUUCAAGGGAUAAUAAUAGUUGAAAAAACACAGAUGAGUGAACAGUACUUUCCAGCAGUGCAAAAAUUUGUUGUGCUGGAACUUGGAAUGGCAUUGCUUCCUGUGUCCAGCCAAAUGGAAGCAUCCCAACUUAUUAUCCAACUGGUCCACGAACAAACCAAAGAGCGCAAUAGGAACCCUUUUCUUAGAAAGAAAAACUGCCAGCUCUCUGAAUCAUCAGUACUUCAAACGGUACAGCAGAUACCAGGAGUUGGGAAAAUGACAGCUCUGCUUCUAUUGCAGGAGUUUGCAAGUAUCCAAAAAUUGUGCAACACAUCCGUCCAAGAACUUGAACAAGUUGUUGGACAUACUUUAGCAGAAAAAAUGCAUAUAUUCUUUACCCAGACAAGAUGACAGGACAUAAUCCUACAAUAGUUUUUUUGUUGCCCAGCAUCACCAACUUUAAGAUUGUGCUUUUCUUUACCUAUAUUGAAACUGUAUUUACUAUAUUGAAACUAAGGUAAAUACCUAAAUGCUUUUUCAUCUUCUACCAAAUAUUGAAAAGAAAGGUUAACUUAGAACAUUAUCUCUCUGCUCUUGGCCAUGUCUUAACCUAGCAGACCAGACAAUUGCCACUUUUUGACCAAUUUUCCAUUGAUAUCUUCUGCGAUUCUUAAGAUGAUGAAAAUUUGAAUGCAGUGUAUCUUAAUCUUUAGAAAUUUAUACUAGUUUCAAUUUCUAAAAGUAAUUUAGUUUAAUGGAAUUUCAUAAAUAAUGAUGUUACAAUCUCGAUUGUAACAUCAAUCUUCUCAGACUUCCUGUGACAUUUCUGAUGGUUGCUAAAGGCAGAAGCAAUAGUCACUGAAAUAUUAUGUAUCACAAUUGUCUGAACUAUAUUACUUCAGUUUUGGACAUAAAAUAUUAUUGAUUAGAGGUCUACAAUUUAAAUAAAAUUUUUGGUGACUUAAAAUAUUCAGGUUAAACACCCUAGAUUUUUAAAAGAGAAAAAAAAUGAAGAAAACAAAAUAUAAAUUAAUAGGCAUUUAUUUAAAUACAUUAGCCUCUACAAAUAAUAUUAAAGGCACUGUUUGGAAACGCUUGUUAAAAAUAUUAAUGGUACAUUUAGCAAUUCAGGUUUUUUGGGGGGGGUUUCUGUAUUCAGGUACAUAAGCAAAAAAAGUCAUUACUUAGAAAACAUUUGGAUUUUAAGUCUUACAGAAAGCUUUUUUUAUUUAUUACAAAGAAAAGUUAAAAACAAGCUUUUUUUUUU